CCCAUUUUUGAGUAUAUAUUUUCCCUGAAAAGAUCUUUCCCGAGUACAGAUUGGACCCUGACUGUUCAUCCAUGCACCAGAUCUGGGGCUGUUCAAGAUCAUCAACAGACCAAAACACUGGUGCAGAGAGAACAUAGAAUAAGAGAUAAAGAAAAAGUUUGGAGAAAUGGGAAACCGCACAUCGUCAAACUCCUCCUACACACUCAAUCCAGCAUCACCAAAAACACCUUUGUUCACAAAUGCAAUAUACAGAAUCCCAUCUCUAAUCUACAUUAAAGAUGACAAAACCUUUCUUGCUUUUGCUGAGAAACGAACCUCACCAGCUGAUGUUGACGCCACUGUGCUGGUCAUGAGGAGGGGAACAAAGCAGAAUGGGGCCAUUCAGUGGUCACCUGUUGAGGAGCUUACAACAGCAAGUUUGGAAGGACAUCGCACCAUGAACCCGUGUCCAGUCUAUGAGAAAAACUCUAAGACUGUCUUUCUGUUCUUUAACUGUGUGUUUGAUAAGUUCACUGAGCAAGAGCAGAUUCACAACCGUAAGAACAGGGCUCGGUUAUGUUACGUUACUAGCCAGGACAGCGGGAAGACUUGGAGCAGCACAACAGACUUGACGGAAAGCGUGAUUGGAAAGGAGAUUAAAAAGUGGGCCACAUUCAGUGUCGGACCUGGGCACGGCAUUCAAAUGUGUAAUGGCAGACUUAUCAUUCCUGCGUAUGUUUAUUAUAUUGUUAGUUGUUGUACUUGUUGUUGUAUUUGUUCUAGUUGUUGUUGCUCUGUAAAACCCUACGCUUUUGCGUUCUACAGUGACGAUCAGGGGGUAACGUGGCACUUUGGACAAAGAGUAAGUGUCGAGUCUGCCGAGUGUGAGAUGGCAGAGAUCACUGACAGCAAUGGCAAAAGUUACUUAUACUGCAAUGCCAGAAGCUCUAAGAAAUCUAGAGUUGAGGCUAGGAGUCAGAACGGUGGAGAGGAUUUUAGUGUAAACAGUACAGGGAAACUGGUAGAAACCCCUGGUGGCUGUCAGGGUAGUGUGGUGAGCUUUGCACAUGACGAGAAGACUUGGCUCCUUUUUUCCCAUAUAACUGACAAAAACGAGAGAAAGGAUCUUGGGGUUUAUUUGAAUAAGUCUCCUUUUAGUGCCAAUGGUUGGAAUAAACCGAGCAUCAUCAAUCCCGGCGUCAGCGGAUACUCAGAUAUGACUCAGUGCGACAGCAAUGAUCGCUUUGCUUGCCUUAUGGAACGUGGGACAAACAAACUUGAAGAAAUAGCAUUUACGGAGUUUUCUCUCAAUGAUAUCAUGAAAGAUCAGUAGAUAUAUUUACGUGCAUGAUAAUAACCUGAAUAAAAAAAUUCAAAUAUUCACCUAAUACAGAAUAGAAAUGACUUGCUUUUCGUUUCUCCUGCCUGGAUUUUGAAACCGCAGUCCAAUAAACUUUCAUGUUUUAUAAUUUCGAAUUUCUGUUUCUGACACGAAAAUAGAACGAAUAAAAAGCAUCGUAAAGUGGAGAUUUAAACAUUCUGCAUUUAAACAUCUUACCUGACUUAUCUUAGUUUCAUUUUCUUUUACAUCACAAAAACCUGCAAUUUUAACAGGAGUGUGUGGACUUUUUACAUCCACUGUAUAUCUCAGUGUUCGCUUUAUAUAUCUGUGUUCACUUUAUAUCUCAGUGUUCGCUUUAUAUCUCAGUGUUCACUUU